AAAGAAAGAAAGAAAGAAAGAAGAGAGAGGCGAAGGCUAACAGCACCAACAACAACACUCUCCACUCUCUCUUCUUCUUCUCUGUUUGUUUUCUUCUUCUUUCUCUUUGUGUGCUGUGUCGGUGUUUCGAUCCACUUGUGUCUCUUGAUUCGUUCACUCGUUUCGUUAUUUGGAUCUGAGAGUAGCUGAAUUUGAGCUUAAUUUUUCUUCAAUUGGCGAUGGUUAUUGGCGUUGUUGUUAUCUUGAGGGAAUAAUAAGGGGUGUGUGGAGUGAAGUUGUUAUUAUUGUUUUUAAAUAAAUUUUGCUGGUUAUUGUAAUUUUGUAUCUGAUGGGGGAAGGUGAAGGUGAAGGGAGUGAUUACCCUUCUAAAAGUGUGUCAAACGAUGCCGUUGCACCUGCACUGUUGUCCUCCGAUGUUCCCGCCAAGAAGCUUGCGAGGCAACUCGAUUUCACCGCUUUUGCCGGGAUGCCGCCGCCGGAAUACCCCCAGCCGCCAGUUACUUUGACGCCGGUGCCGACUAUGCCGCAGCCUGCGAUUCCUUCCCUGAGGGCUGGGAAACCAGAAUCUCCAAAGUCGAGAUCGAGACCUAACUUUGAAAUUAAAGAAGGUACUCCAAAGAAGCAAAAGCAGUGCAAUUGUAAACAUUCAAAAUGCUUAAAGCUAUAUUGUGAAUGUUUUGCGUCAGGAAUAUACUGCGAUGGUUGCAAUUGUGUAAAUUGUUAUAACAAUGUUGAAAAUGAAGCUGCUAGAAGAGAAGCUGUUGAAGCUACUUUGGAACGAAAUCCAAAUGCAUUUAGGCCGAAAAUUGCAAGCAGCCCUCAUGGAACACGUGAUAGCAGGGAGGAGGCCGGGGAAGUUUUGAUAUUGGGAAAGCACAACAAGGGGUGCCAUUGUAAAAAAUCUGGGUGCCUCAAGAAGUACUGUGAGUGCUUCCAAGCCAACAUUCUUUGUUCUGAAAAUUGUAAAUGCAUGGAUUGCAAAAACUUUGAGGGAAGUGAAGAGAGACAGGCUUUGUACCAUGGAGAUCAAAAUAACAACAUGGUGUAUAUUCAGCAGGCGGCAAAUGCUGCCAUUACUGGAGCUAUUGGUUCCUCUGGUUACUCAUCACCGCCAAUAUCAAAAAAAAGAAAAGGUCAGGAGCUCUUCUUUGGGACAACUGUCAAGGAUCCAUCAGUUAGCAGGCUAGGACAACAGGCAAACCAUGUCAGAGGUCCUGCACCCUCCUCCUCAACGUCUCCUGUCCCAGGUGCUCGUGUUGGACCUGCAACUUUAGGUCCUUCAAAAUUAAUGUACAGGUCUCUUUUAGCAGACAUAAUACAACCACAGCACCUGAAGGAGCUUUGCUCAGUUCUGGUGCUAGUGUCUGGACAAACCGCUAAGACACUUACAGACCAGAAGAAUUCAAUGGAUAAGCAUACGGAAGAUCAGACAGUAACUUCCCUUGCUUCAACUCAGGAGCAAUUACCUAGUCAAAAGGAAGCUGAUGUUGAGAAAGCUAUGACUGACAAUUGUUCAAGUGCAAACCAAACAGAUAAAAUCAGCCCACUCAAUUCUUGCUCAGAUGGUGCUGAUGUCCCAAAGGGGAGGCCAAUGUCUCCUGGAACUUUAGCAUUGAUGUGUGAUGAGCAAGAUCCAAUGUUCACGACUGCUGCCUCCCCUGUUGGACCAAUGGCGCAUGCUUGCAACACAUCUUUGCAACUGCCAAAUGGACAGGGAGUGACAGAGGUCUAUGCAGAGCAAGAAAGGAUUGUAUUGACGAAAUUUAGAGAUUUUCUGAAUAGGGUUAUCACUAUGGGAGAAAUAAAUGAAACAAAGUGUUCUUCAUUAGCCAGAAGUGAAUUAGAGAGUCAAAAGAACCCAAACAUCAAUUGUUCUGUUAAUGUCAGUACCGAGAUGGCGCAUCAGCAGGGAGCCAUCAAUAAUGGUGUUGCCAAUGCUGCGGGAAACACUGUUACAUCUACAUCAUUGGUCCCAGGUAGCAUUGUUCCUGAAAAUGGGGAUACUAGGACUAACGUUGAAAAAUAGAUAUGAAAGGAAUCUAACUUAGAUGAGCAGAGAUACCAUUGGAAAAAUUACAAGAAUGUUGUGUGAAGGUAUGCAACUUCUCUGCAAUGUAAACUUCCAUUCUUCAUUUUCUGGCUUCUCUUUGAUGGGGGUGUCAAGCUUACAUGCCCACUACUAGUCCAACUAGGAUCAAUUUUUUCGCAUAUCAAUUUUCUUCUUCUACUUCGGUCAUUCAUAUAUAUUUGAAUUAAUUGUUCUGCUUUGACAUAACUUGUAAAUUGCAGACUUGUAAUUUCAUAAAGGAAACAAUUUAACG